CUCCACCCAGAAGCUCAGUUUUCCUUCCUCCCAUCGCACCGUCCCUUGCGGCCGUCGCGACAGCCCGCCGCCCCGCCCCGCACCGGAACGUCGCCGGCCGCUGGCCUCCAACCCGCCGCCCUCUUGCCGCUGACCGCCCAACCCGCCUCCCACUCGCCGCCGCUUGUCUUGGGGCUCGGCGCGACCCCGCGCGCAAGUGGCGCAGCGCGCGGUCCGCUACUGCGUCCCUCCACCCAGAACCCUUCCUCCCAUCGCUUCGUUUCCAAGAGUCCAUGUUUCUCUCCCUUGACCUGUCGCUUGCCUGCGCCGUCGUCGCCUUCCCAUGGAGGCCCUCAUCCCAACUAAUCUCACGGGUCCCCUCCCGCUGCAACCUCACAUGCCACGCAGCGGCGCCCAAAGUGCCCCUCCCCAUCGCCUCGCCGGCCUCCCUCGGGGACGACCCUAGCAAGUGGGACCCCGCCGAGUGCGACGCCCUCCUCCGCGGCGGGGAGCAGGUCGCCUCCGUGCUGCAGGAGAUGCUCACGCUGAUGGAGGACAUGGAGAUGGAUGGUGCAUUUGAGCCGGUUGCUGUGGAGCUGGUGGCACAGGGAGUUAUUGGGAAGAGGGUUGACGAAAUGGAGUCAGGCUUUCUUAUGGCACUUGAUUACAUGAUACAACUUGCACAGAAAGACGCAGACGAUGAGCGUAAGUCUCUUCUUGAGGUAAUUAAGCAGACAGUGCUAGACCAUCUGACAAAGAAAUGUCCUCCACAUGUCCAGGUUGUUGGACUCCUUUGCCAGACUGAAAAGAAAGAGAGCAGGCAUGAAUUGUUGCGCCGUGUAGCUGCUGGUGGAGGUGUUUUUAAGAACGAUAAAGGUCUUAAGUGCCAAAUUCCUGGGGCAAAUCUUAGUGACAUAGCAAAUCAGGCAGAUGAUCUACUAGAGUCAAUGGAAUCUAGGGACACCAUUCCUGAUCGAAAACUUCUUGCAAGACUAGUUAUAGUAAGAGAAGAAGCUCGGAAUAUGAUGGGAGGUGGCCUGUUAGAUGAGAGAAAUGAUCGUGGUUUGUCUACCCUCCCUGAGGCAGAGGUAAACUUUUUGAGCAAGCUCGUUGCUCUUAAACCUGGGAAGGCAUUGGAAAGGAUGAUAAAGGAUGUUAUGAAUGGCAAAGGGGAAGGUGCUGAUAACAUUGAACCAAGUGCUGGUUCGCAUUCUGAACAGGAGAGGCUAACUGGAGUAUUAGGAAGGGGAAGUGUAUCUGGCCACAAGCCACGGCCAGUCCGCCCUGGAAUGUUCCUUGAGACUGUUUCCAAGGUCCUGGGUGGCGUAUAUGCAAGUAACACAUCUGGCAUUACAGCUCAACAUCUGGAAUGGGUACAUCAAACAACACUCAAAAUUCUUCAGGAAAUGGCCUUCUAGCAUUGUUAUCAGGGUUCACUAAUAGUUUUGAACAUGAGGAGUAUAUAGCUGCACAUCUGUAGCUAUUGAAGGUACAUGAUAUCAGAGUCUUGUGUGCACCAAGGUAUGGACUGUUUUCUACCUACUGGAUUUACUGGUCCUACCGGUCCCGCUGUGGUUGAUAUUGGAGACCUUUUUUAAGUGGUCACAUAUCUUUUUGUUGAGAAGUGGAGUGGAAGAAACGAUAUGGGUUAUCUAAAGGCCAAAGAUCACUCGUGGGAAGAAUGUUGCCGCGUUGUGCAGUCUAGAAGUAACUUAGAGGCUUGGAAGCAACUCCAAUAGUUUGCUAAAACUCAAUUGGCAAAUCUAUAGUUUUGCCAAGUCAAGUAAAAAAAGAGGCCUUCUCCAACCGUUUGCUAUUUGGGCUUGGCAAAAGAACUUGGCAUCCUAGGAUUUUUGUCAAAAUCACAAAAUUGAGCCUCCAACAAGUUGGCAAAACUAGUUGGCAAAUUGGGAUACACGUGAUGCCAAGUGAUGGAGGACUUGGCAUAUUUGCCAAGCGAAGGGGGAAUUUUGCCAAACUCACGAAAUUGCCAAGUAGUUUUGCCAACUUGUUGGAGGCUGUUUUUUGUGGUUUCGGUAAAAAUCCUAGGAUGCCAAGUACUUUUAGCAAACUGUUAGAGUUGCUCUUGGUUGUCAUUGCCAAUUGACUAAUUUUAAGUACUAGACUCAUAACAGAUUUGAGGUGUAAUACCAUUAUUGACAUUAGUGUUUGUUCCUUGGCAGUCUGUAAUUUUAUCUUUUCACACAGGUUGUUUAUUCGUCAUAGGUGAUAUUCGGUUAGAAGAAGCUACAAUUAAAGAGUGGUAUCUUGGAAUGCAAUAAAAUGUGGCUACAAUAGUCUGAAUAUAUAACCCCAGGUCUUUUCUCCGGUUGGCAACAGGCAAGUGAUGGGGGAAAUAUGUGUGUGAGUGGGGGUGGGGAGACAACUUUUCCGUACAAACAUAUAGAAACUAAUUCAGAUAAAUGCACUUAUAUGUAAAGAUUUUGUAACUUAGCAUAUCUACGGUUCAUCCAUAUAUGUAAACACACGAAAAUGUUGGGAUGCAAAAUCAGUUUGGAAAAAAUCAUAUGAAAAUGACAAAUUCAUUUAGUAUGUGCACAGAAGACAAAAUUCUAGAAAUUUUGUCUUCUAGUAGACAUGCACUUGAAAUUUAUUAUUUUCGUAUGAAUUUUUUAAAAUGAUUUUGCAUCUCAAAUAUUUCAUAUGGGUAUAUGGGUGAACUAUAGAUGUGCCAAGUUUCAAAAUUUUUUGAGUCAUGGAAAUGCAUUUUCUUAAUUUGUUUUCA